GCUGCGCGCUCGGGGGAGGGGCGCGGCGCCGCGUCCAGUGCCGGCUGACGGGUCUGCGCGCCGCCCGUCCCUCCUGCAGCCCGCCUGCUGGGCAGGGCCGGCGCGGCCCGGCCAUGGAGUCCUACGACAUCAUCGCCAACCAGCCUGUGGUCAUCGACAAUGGCUCAGGGGUGAUCAAGGCUGGCUUUGCAGGAGAUCAGAUUCCCAAAUACUGUUUCCCAAACUAUGUCGGGCGACCUAAGCACAUGCGGGUAAUGGCCGGAGCCCUGGAGGGGGACCUCUUCAUUGGACCCAAGGCAGAGGAGCACCGGGGGCUGCUGGCCAUCCAUUACCCGAUGGAGCACGGCGUGGUGCAGGACUGGAACGACAUGGAGCGUAUCUGGCAGUACGUGUACUCCAAGGACCAGCUGCAGACCUUCUCUGAGGAGCACCCAGUUCUCCUGACAGAGGCCCCACUGAACCCCAGCAAGAACCGAGAGAAGGCCGCGGAGGUGUUCUUCGAGACGUUUAAUGUGCCGGCCCUGUUCAUCUCCAUGCAAGCUGUGCUCAGCCUGUACGCAACGGGACGCACGACAGGAGUUGUUUUAGACUCGGGGGACGGGGUCACGCAUGCCGUCCCCAUCUAUGAGGGCUUCGCCAUGCCACACUCCAUCAUGCGGGUGGACAUUGCCGGCCGGGAUGUAUCCCGCUACCUCCGGCUGCUGCUGCGCAAGGAAGGGGCCGAUUUCCACACAUCGGCAGAGUUCGAGAUCGUCCGGACCAUCAAGGAGCGAGCCUGCUACCUGUCCAUCAACCCGCAGAAGGACGAGGCGCUGGAGACAGAGAAGGUGCAGUACACCCUGCCCGAUGGCAGCACGCUCGACGUGGGGCCCGCACGUUUCCGGGCCCCUGAGCUGCUGUUCCAGCCGGACUUGGUAGGAGACGAGAGCGAGGGGCUCCACGAAGUGCUGGCCUUUGCCAUCCACAAGUCCGACAUGGACCUUCGCCGCACACUCUUCGCCAACAUCGUGCUCUCAGGCGGCUCCACGCUGUUCAAAGGCUUUGGGGACCGAUUACUAAGUGAAGUGAAGAAGCUGGCCCCAAAGGACGUCAAGAUCAAGAUCUCUGCCCCUCAGGAACGGCUGUACUCCACGUGGAUCGGUGGUUCCAUCUUGGCCUCACUGGACACGUUUAAGAAGAUGUGGGUGUCCAAAAAGGAGUACGAAGAGGACGGCUCCCGUGCUAUCCAUCGAAAGACCUUCUGAUGCCCAGGAGGCUGCAGCACGUCGCGAGAACAGGCAGAGCGGGCACACCUGGACCCUUUCUGGUCGGGGCCCCCUGCAUGCCGAGCCCCCGGGCAGGCGGUGCCAUGGUGCUCCCCUGCAGCCCCACCCCACGCGCGCGCAUACACACGCACACUGUAAUUUUUAGCUGCAUGGACAGUCUCCUGCCAGAGCCAAGGCAUCAUGGAACCUGUGUAGAGCUGCUCAGGGUACCUCCCUUGAGGUCCCCAUUAGGUCAGGGAUUCCUCGCUGUGACUUUUGGGGCUGCUUCCCUGAGCCCCAGGAUUAGGGGUCUGGGGGGCAGGCUGGAAAGGGGUGGCCAGCAGUGCGGGCAGGGGGUGCAUCUUUGCCACUGCCUCUACCCAGGCCCAUGGCUGUCCAUGCCUAUGCACAUGUUCCCAGCAAGGAAUGUGGCCUGGGGUCAGCCACGGCACGUGGCCAGCCACAUCACCCUUUCCCUGUCCUGCACCCUGGCUGGGAAGGCUGUAGUCUAUGUCAGUGGAGACAAGUAGGGAAGGAGGAGUUGGGCAGGGGCCCGCCAGGCUUCCUCCCACCCUGAGGAGGACGGGGUCUUCCCAUGGCCAGGCCCCACCUCGCUCUCCAGAUGCGACCAUAACGUAACACAGUUGCCUGAGAAAACUUCCUUUUAUAAAUCAUGAGAGUAAUAAUUACAGACAA